AAGUUCCACCACAUCAAGAUAACAAUCUGAGGAGCGCGCCGUCAACAAGACGAAACAAGAGGAGAGAUAGAGAGCAAGAGAGGGAAAACAGACAGACAAGCAAGACAAGUUAUCUACUCAGUGACAUCUACAUCAACAGAAAAAAGGCAUCGAGAUGAUUUGCAAUGGUGGUCUGGUAGCUAACGCCAUGAAUGCGUUCAACCUAGUGUUUGUGUACGGGACCUUGAAGCGAGGCCUUUACAACUCUAAAGUGAUCCGUGGUGCAAACUACAUCGGUGCAGCAAAGACGAAACCAUGCCUACCCCUCAUCACCGAUGAGUACUACGUGCCCUUCCUCCUUCAGGCACCUGGCAUGGGAUCCCAGGUCUCGGGUGAGCUGUACGCAGUGGACAACGAGAUGCUGGCGAAGCUCGACGAGCUGGAGGGUGUUCCUAAGUACUACACAAGAGAACAGGUUGAAAUCGAAGAUCUUACACUCUGCCCUCAUCAGAGGGAUACUGGUCUCAUCCACACAGCUAUGACAAUGAAGCCUUGGGUUUACAUGAUGCCAAAUCACAGGAUUACUGAGGACUUGCUUGGGAAACCCCAUCUGGAUGUUUACAGUGCGGAGAAUCAUUUCAAGCACUACAUCCCGAGGUACAUGAGGGACAAGAGCCACGUCUCGCUCAACCUACAGGGGUCAACGGCUCCUAAGAUGCCGUCGAGCAUGCCUGCAAAGAUGGGAGGGAUCCCCCACAUUCCCCAUGUGUCGUCAACCAUGGCUCAGGCUCAGCAGAUCUGAGCAUGACAUAUUUGUGUAAAUACCUUGAAUCAAUUGUAAAUAAAGCUUUAUUCGUUUG